AUGAGCUCGCCCUUCGACAUCAACGGCGGUGCCUGCGUGGCCAUGGUGGGAAAAGACUGCGUCGCAAUCGCCUGUGAUCUCCGACUCGGCAUGCAAGCCCUGACGGUAUCCAACAACUUCCCCAAGAUCUUCAACUACGCACCAUCGACUUAUCUCGGUAUCACGGGCCUCGCUACCGAUGUGACCACCGUCUCCGAUCUGUUCCGCUACAAGGUCAACAUGUACCGACUCCGUGAAGAACGACACAUUUCCCCACAGACUCUGGCGAACCUCGUCAGCUCGAGUCUGUACGAGCGACGAUUCGGUCCUUAUUUCGUGUCCCCCGUCAUUGCGGGAAUCAAUCAUACAACUGGAAAGCCGUUCAUUUGCGGGUUUGAUAGUAUCGGAUGCAUCGACUUUGCAAAGGAUUUCAUUGUCAGCGGUACAGCUAGUGAUCAGUUAUUUGGUACUUGCGAGGGACUCUGGGAGCCUGAUUUGGGCCCCGAUGAUCUUUUCGAGACGAUUUCCCAGGCGCUCUUGAACGCCGUCGACAGAGAUGCACUCUCCGGUUGGGGUGCCAAUGUCUAUAUUAUAGAGAAGGACAAGGUCACAAAGAGAUUACUAAAAGGACGACAAGAUUAG